AUGGCGACGAGCUCCGGCAGGUUAAUUGCCGGUUCAACGGCGUCGUCGAUCAGUUCAAUUGAAUCGCGUAAUGCUAUUCGACCUCAAUCCAUUUCUCUAACCUGCCGAAAUCAAACCAAUGGUUUAUCACCGCCUAUCGUCUUACGGUCCUCUCAAAGGUCCAAGCUCUGGGUAAUCGAGGCGGUUCCUCCACCGGCUAAGUCCUGGGACGGAUCUAACAACGAUGGCGAAGAAGACUACAACAAGUUGGGUAAAGAAAUCGGUGGAACCGGUGCUCAAGUGGUCGCCGGAAAACAUGACCGGACGGUCGAGAUUGUUAUUGCAGCGGCGACCACGACGGCGUUAGGCGUUGGGAACCGCGUAAUGUAUAAGCUCGCACUUGUUCCUCUCAAACACUAUCCCUUCUUCCUCGCUCAGCUCUCCACCUUCGGGUAUGUAGCUGUAUACUAUUCUAUCUUGUAUUUCAGAUACCGAGCUGGAAUUGUAACAAAAGAGAUGUUAUCAGUUCCAAAAAUUCCAUUCUUAAUUGUUGGCGUCUUGGAGUCUCUCGCUUUAGCUUCUGGCAUGGCUGCUGCAGCGAAUCUCUCUGGACCAACUACUACAGUUUUAUCUCAGACAUUUCUUGUCUGGCAAAUUCUCUUCUCCGUUAUUUUUCUUGGAAGGAGAUAUAGAAUAAAUCAAAUAUUCGGAUGUAUUCUUGUAGCAUUUGGUGUGAUCGUCAGUGUGGCAAGUGGAUCGGGUGCCGCUCAUUCAUUUAAGGAUGCGGGAAUACUUUGGAGUCUUCUUAUGGUAUUUUCUUUUCUGCUUCAAGGAGCAGAUACAGUAAUGAAGGAAGUCAUCUUUCUAGAUAGCAAAAAGCGAUUGAAGGGUGCUUCACUUGAUCUGUUUAUUGUAAACUCAUAUGGUUCAGCUUUCCAAGUUAUAUGCGUUGCAUUGCUUCUUCCUUUUCUUUCAAAACUAUGGGGCAUACCGUUUAACCAACUACCGAGCUAUCUCAGAGAUGGGGGUGCUUGCUUUCUGAACAUUGGUGCUAAAACAACAGGAUGCGAAGGGGCUCCCCUUCUUCCUCUAAUGUUUGUCAUGAUGAACAUGGCUUACAACAUCUCCCUUCUACGCCUCAUCAAGAUCUCAUCCGCUGUUGUGUCGUCUCUUGCAUCCACCGUAUCAGUGCCGAUAGCGGUGUACUGCUUCACGCUUCCCCUACCGUACCUUGGGGUCGCAUCUUCACUUCCAACAGGGUUCGUGGCAGGCACAGUCAUCCUUGUACUCGGCAUGCUUCUAUAUGCUUGGAUGCCAUCUAGCGAUUCCAAUUCGGUUAUCCCUUCGCCCCCAUCCACCUAG